UCACAAAAAUUUUCUUUGAUUAUUUUGUUGGCAUCAAUUUAAAAAAUUUACGUCGCAGUUGAUAACGCGAGAAUUGUUUUUAUGGUAUUUUGAUCUGAACAGUAUUGAAUCGACUUACUCAUAAAUUUUGUGCUGCAGCUUUUUCUACUGAAAAGUGACAAAUGUCUGUCAGCGACAAAUCCUUCUGGAAGGUUCUGAGAAAGCGCCACGAAUGUAUGGAGGCUGUGAUGAAGAACUCCUGCUCCAAACUGAAGAAGCUGUCAGAAGCAGGUCUGGACUUCAACUUCCAGGAUCCAGUGACUGGAGAAACACCCCUGACAUGUACUAUUGGACGUGCAGACUUUUCCCUUGCAACAGUGUAUCUUCUUCUCAAUUGCAGAGCUUCUCUUCUGCUGUCCAAUCAGAUGGGCCUCACACCUCUCCAGACAGCCAUCAUAACUCCCAACUUAGAUGCCAUUGAGGUGUUGAUUGACUUCGGCUGUGACUUGAAUCGGAAGUUGCCCCAGAGUGGCCUGAGUGUCCUCAUCUGGGCCAUGAGGAACGAGGCCCAAGUGGGGGCCAUACAGACUCUAUUGUCCAAUGGGGCCAUAGUGGACAUGUGUGACCCGCAGGGCUCAUACCCAAUAUUCAUUGCAGCAGAAACCGGACGACCCCUUCUAGUUGAACUGUUACUCUACUUCGGGGCCAACAUCAACUCCCAAAAUGAACAAACCGGCAACACCCCCCUGCACUUUGCAGCCUCACAGGGGGACUCGAGGAUGGUGAGAUUGUUGUUGUUGAGGGGGGCGGAUAAGUCAGUUGUGAACAGACACGAACUGACGGCGGAGGAGAUUGCUGAGAGAACUGGAUUUGUGGAGACUGUCAAACUCAUUUCGGAACACAGUCCGGACUCCAUUUGUUCAAUUCAAGCCGCAACAGUCGUUUCAGCAGAACAACAAAAGCAAAAUCCACUAGGCUGGGGUUCGAACCGCCUGUCAUCUGCAGUGUCAACUGAGAGUCUCAACAUCACUCGACGACCAUCCUCAACAUCCUCUUUGUCCAGACAUUCGGGUUCAUCUGUAUCGUUGGCUCAGUUGAAAUUUGGUUCCAAAGGAGGAUCAGUGAAAAACAAAAUUCGGAAAAUUACAGACAGUCUGCGUGGGGUUCCGAGUGAGUUGAAGCAGGAGGGGGAGGAGGGGCGGGUGCGACUGUUCCAGGAACUACCGGGCACCUACUACAGAGUCCACAAGUCAUACCACCCCUCUCUCGCAUCCAACCUGCAGACAGAUCUCCCUCUGGAAAAGGGAACACUAGUCGAAGUUCUGUACGUCGGCGACCAUGGCAUGUUGGAGGGCAGAGUGAGAGACAAGAUCGGCUGGUUCCCCUCCUCACACGUCGAGAUGCCAGACUCGAAAGGUACAAUUAAGGGCGGCUCCUACAGGAGUGGGGGUCUGUUUGGGCGGAACAAGGGGGCGAGGAGGGAGGGGUUCCCGCGGGAGGUGAAGCUGAAGAAGCAAACGAAACGGGGCUACGGAUUCGUCAUCAGAGGCGCCAUGGCCAAUGUGCCCAACUUUAUCCCCACCCCUGAGUUCCCCGCCCUGCAGUACUUCGACAGUGUGGACAAGGGGGGUGCGGCGGAGAAGGCGGGGCUCAGACCAGGAGACUUCAUCCUCGAGUUCAACGGAGAGGACGUGAGGGGCAUUACCCACAGUCACCUAGUGGAGAGGAUCAAACAGUCGAAUGAGGGUUUCACCAUCAAAGUCAUGACUCCUUUCCGCAACUCUAGUGCCAUGCUCAACCCCAAUGCUUCCCUAUCCUCCAAACGACUACUCAUAGGAGCUCCUCAACCUCCUCAGAGGAACCCAAACACCUCAUUGUCUUUGAACAGAAUCAAGAGUCCUUCUCUGGAUCAACUUCCUCCACACAGAGAAGCGAGUGAUGAAGACGCUACACCUGUAAACACAGCUGGGCGCCAGAAGCAAGCAAACAAUCCUCCUUCUAGUUUACAAAACCUCUUUCAAGUGAGCAGUUCUCCAAAUAGCUCAACAAGAACAACAAACAUCAGUCAAUCGGGAACCCAAGAUUCUCUUAGACCAAAGCUUUUUCAAAGCGCAAGAGACUCGCCUAGAAAUGCCAAAAAACUUCCGUCCAGUCAAAUGUACUCCCAUAGCGCCCUUGACAUCCGGGAGGUUUCUGAGUCAACUGAAUCUGUGAAUACGAAUUCCGAAAACUCGAGUGAACGAACGAAGUUUUCAACUAAUGAAUCAACAACAGCAUUAAGCAGUUCUUCGGCGUCUACUUUAAGUUUGGCGGUACCUUCUUCCAGAAAUUCCUGUUUAAUUGAAGACGACGAGGAGUUGCAAAUCGCAGCGAAUGGUUCUCAGACUGUUUACGCCAAUAUUUCGUACCAUAACCAAAAUAACCACAAACCAGUCAUUAAGUCCAAGUCAAAAGAUAGCUCAAACAAUGCUGCAAAUCCAGCUAUCAACUCUUCCUUAAAAUCCACUUUCUAUAAUUUAUCCAAAAGUAAAAAACCAGCACCCCCACCCCCACCCAAGAGGAAACCACAAGAGAAAGGAUAUUUGGAUAACAACUUAGAUUCCAGUACCGAAUUUUCAACAACAGACCUCAAUACAAAUCUUCGCAUGUCAGAAAUUGCCCUGAACCAACACAGUGAAAACAGCAUUAGCACGUCUGCAAUUCCAGUGAUUGCCAACGGCAGCAGUAGCUUUAAGCCUAAAAAAUCAACCCAAUUGCAACUUUUGAAUACUAACAAAGAAAUUAGUUUAGAAACAGAAAACUCUUCGCAGCUUUCGCAAAAUGUUCAGACUCAAGAAAUCUCAGUUACCAUAGCUAGUAGUUCGUCGACCCAAAUGUCAUCAGAACCCGAACAACCUUCACCUUCCGAGGGAUUCAAGUUACCUUCACCUGAUUAUUCGGAUUCCGAGAACGAGUCCGGCGCUGAUGAUAACACGAGUACGACUUCUACGAUACCCGAGAUCAGCGAAUCAGUUUACAAUAACACUGAUAAUAACCCACACCAAUUUGGUUCGGGUUUGAAAAACCGUGAGUCCGAGCUCCAGAUGAUGCAAGAUGCGCGGAACCAGCCACUCGCACAACUCGAAGACGACGACGACGAAGAUUCAGAUUCCGAGUUUAACGAAGAUAAACAUGUUCGGCUUACUAAAUAUUCCCAGAAAGUCGAAAAACUUAAUUUGCCGAGCGGAGAUUCGGAUGAAGACUCCUAUACGAAACAUACUUAUCGAGUUUCAACUGUCCCAGAAUCGGCGAAAUCAAAAUCCGGAUCCGUAUCAAACGUCGAGGACUUUGCUUUGUGUUCGCCUUCUAGUGUAAUUGUAACCGAGACCCAAACUAUUCAAUAUAAACAACCCGAACAACCAGUUUCCUUAUUUCAAGGAGACUUAUUGGCGGCAAUCAAUAAACGAAAGUCUCAGGUAGUCGACAACGAUAAUGUCGAAAACCCGGCAACUUCAAUUGACAAAAGAGUCCAAAAGCAGUCGGAAGAAAAUUCUGUUCAAUAUAAGCCUGGCGCCAGUACUGUUAAUUUAAGAUUACAUCGGGAACCAGUAUAUGGUGAUAGCUUUAAAACUACUUCUCAAAUAGAGAGGGAAAACUCGGAAACAUUUGCGUAUACGCCCGCAGCUCCUCAGGACUCUUCGACAUCAUCAAGCGCUGAUGCAGAAACUUCUCAGACAAGGAUAAGUUCGGGAUCUCUGGAUUAUUGCAGGCAGAAUGACGUCGAUGACGAUGCCGACGUUGAUGCAUUAAUCAGUCAGUUUUAUGUCCCUCCGCCACCUGAGAAACUUCUAGAAGAUUCUCAAGGGCCAUCGCUGGCGAACUCGACAAACCAAAAUUCACUACACGACCAAGGAUAUGAGUCGGCCAGUGCCUCGCCCGACUCAACGAGAUCCGAAAGACAGCCUCCGGUUUCAACAUUCUUAAAACAACGUCACAACCACCACCUCAUGAACAUCACUUCAGUCAACACAACAACAACAUCAACAAACUCUUCUCACCUCGCAAUAGUGCCUCCUAAAACCAGUUACAUAAAUACAAACAGUAUAAGUGGACAAGGAGACAGGCCUCUAUCUGCAAGUCGCACAGGUUUGAAUGAAAUACUCAGCGAAUACGAAAACCGAAGUAAAUCCACGACUCCAACGAAUACUCCGACGCUACCAAAUGGCAGUAUGAGCUCGGAAGUAUCGACCAAGAGCGUCGUAGAGACUGGUCGCAGUCCGACAGCGAAAGAGGUUUUGAGCCGGUCCAAUUAUCCUAAGUCGGAUCGACUGUUGCAGCUGAUCAAUCAGUCGGUCACGCCCAGCAAACCAUCGUAUUUGAACACCUUCGGACAACAGAACAAUGUCGGCGCACUUCCCCCAAAACCACUGUUGCAACCCAAAGCAGGACCAACGCCUCCUUCCUCAGCCCCGAUCCCAACCGAUACAUCCGACUUAAGGAACCCUUCUCAGAAUGCCCAAAAACCUCUUUCGUCUGAAUCUGACUUUAACAUUUCAUCGCCGAAUACCGCCGUCACCAGUAGCAGUUUAGGCGUAGCGUCUCACACAUACCCGAGAUUUGACAUUACUAGUAGAGAAAAACCGGACCAACCGUUAGUAUCUACUCCGAGAUUCAACUUGAACUACAGCGGGACUUCUGGUCGACCAUUCAGCUACUCAUCAGUGCAAACAAAUUCAGCCAAUCCGAUUUCAGCUCCAAAUUUGACCAAUCACAUUUCAUCUCCGAAACCAGUUGUAGCAGCUAAGCCUAAUGUUUCGACCAAUAAGAAUGCGAAUUUAACAAACGGUGCCAGCGGUAAUGUAGCAUCGAUGGCAAUUGACAUGCAGCCAGUCGAACAGUGGAGCGUAGAAACAGUUUGCGAGUGGUUGAGAUCAAUUAAGAUGUCUGAUUAUGAAGACAAAUUCAAAUCAAACGAUAUUGUAGGCAGUCAUUUGAAAAUGCUUUCGAAAGAAGAUUUGGCCGAGUUGGGAGUAACAAGUUUAGGCCACAGACUAACAAUUGAAAAGGCUAUAAAGCAACUGUAAAAUAUAAGUACUCGUCUUUUUUCGAUUAAAAACCGCGUCUUUUAUUUUUUAAU